AUGAACUAUAUUAAUGGCAUCACUCUUACAGCUCUCAAAGUUGAAGAAAAGAGUCCAAGCUUAGGUUCUGACACACUUCAUUUUAACAGCAUGCAUCAGCCUCAGGGGCCUCUCCCUCGGGAGGGGAAGGACAAGUACCGACGGGCUGGGCUGGACCCGGGGGUCCUAAGGGGGUCGGAAGCGCGGUCUCUUUUCCUACCCACUUUCCCCGGCCCGGGAUCCGCGAGCACAGAGCAGGGAGGCACCCGGGUGAGAGGCGGGGAGCUGCGCCCGGCGCCGCCCAGGACGCCCCGGGCAGCAGGAGCAGCGCGGCGAGAAGCGCCCGGGGCUCGGGGCCGAGGGGGAAGCCGAGCGGGGCGCGACCCCGACCCGCGCCGCCCCCCCCCCGCCCCGGCCCGGCUCAGGGGCCACCCGGAGGCCGCCCCCCGGCCCAGGACUGGCACGGACGCGCCAGUGAGCCCGGGGCCAACUCCACAACUUGGCGGCCCCGCUGCCCGGGCCCCCCGAGUUCCCGGGGAGAUUCGGACCCAGCAAGAGAGGCGGAAUUUCCCCGGAAACCACCCCCCGCCAUCUCGCCCCGCCGCCGAGCCCACCCCGCCGUCUGCGUCCGCUCCCGCCACCCGCAGCGCCGGCCCCGCCGCCCCGACGCCCCCGAGGCCCUACCGGCCAACGCCAACGCCGCCGCGGGCCGCGAUCCCGGCCGUUUCCGGCGGCGCGGGCGGCCGCUCCUCCGAGCCCCCCAGCCGCGGCCGCCACUCACCCGAGGCCGCCGCGGCUCCGAGCCCGGGGCUCCGGCAGGCUCACUCCGCGAAGGCGCCCCGCCGCCCCGUCCUCCCUCGGCGCCCCAGCGAGCUCUUGCCUCCGACCGGCAGCACUGCCGAGCGCAGCGGCGGACGCGAGGCCACGGGCGGGCGUGCGGGCGCGCGGGCGGGCGUGGGGCCGGGUCGUCCCUCCGCCUCGGCCGCCGCCUCCUCCUCCGCCGCCGCCGCCGCCUCCCGAGUUCGGGGCUCUGCUGCAAUGUCUGCGAGGCUGACUUUGAGCGCCUCGCUCGCCGCCCGCCCGCAGCCGCGCUCCUCCCUCCGCCGCUGA